UUUUCGAUCUCUCGCUUCAUGUCUCUGCUUCCACUUCAUUCUUCUCUAUCGAUUUUACCUUUCUACUUCCCCCUUUGUAACGAACUUUAACGAAACAGCCCUAAUGAAAGAGUCCUUUAUACGCAACCACACGCUGUACCUGGUGUGCUCGCUAGUCGUUGUGGUCGGCUCGCACCUGCUGACAGUUGUCGACACGGUAACCAACUGGUGGCACGUUCUCAUCUGCAUGCUCCUGUCGCUGCUGCCCAAGGCGCGCGUGGUGUUCCCGGUGCACAAGCCGUCGAGCGACUACCACCCGGCGAUCCUGGUCACGGGCACCAGCUCUGGCAUCGGGCACGACACGGCGAUAGCCCUGGCAUCCAAGGGAUUCACGGUAUUCGCAGGCGUGCGGCGAUGGGAGGACGGUGCACGUGUGGAGAAUGACUUUCUGGACUCGAUCAAGCCGCAGACUAUCUACAAGAACCGGUGGGCAAGGCCGUCGUGGGUUGAACGCCUAUUGGCCAAUAUCCACCGGUCUCUGGGCGCCACUGAGGAACAGCCCGAGCCCGAGGCCAGCAGCGAUGACGAGGCGACGAUAGUGCCGCAGACCGUCACGAGCCGCCGGCUGAGGCGCCGCAAGCAGCGGUCGCAGGCGGUGAACGGCAAGACCGAGCACUUCGAUCCCAACGCGGUUAGUGCGCGGGACCAGUCGGCACCCGAGUAUGAGCAGCUGGUUCGCGAGACCGGAUCGAUCAUCCCCGUGAUUCUCGAUGUGGCCGACAAGAAGUCGAUCGAUGGUGCAUUCGACAAGGUCAGCGAGGAGCUGGAGAAGCGCGGCAUCCCGCUGGUCGGCCUGGUCAACAACGCAGGCGUCACAGCCUCGGGCCCCAUGGACAUAGCAGCGACAAGCUUCAUCGACUACUGCAUGGCUGUGAACUUUGCCGGGCCGGUCGGCGUCGCGCAAAAGUUCAUGCCUCUGCUGCGCGCCAGCAGCGGGCGGAUCGUCAAUGUGUCGAGCAUCAUGGCAUGGCUGAUCGGCCCAGGCUUUGGCGUCUACUGCGCCAGCAAGGCUGCGCUCUCCGCUGCCAGUCGCGCCUGGCAUUUUGAGCUCGCCAAUAGCGGCAUGUCGGUAUCGGUGGUCGAGCCCGGCCUAACGCGCACUGCACUGUGGAAAAAGCUCGAGGCCGAGCUGCAGUUCCACCACUCGCGCCUGAACGGGCUGCCGUUGCGCCGUCGCCGCUCCGCCGAGCAGAUUGACGAUGAGUCGGGCCGCGAGUCACCAGUGGCCAUGCCUGGCGACGAGGCCGUGGCUACGCCGUCGUCAUCGCCGGCUACCCCUGCCAAUGAGCCCGAGAGGUCAGAGAACCAGACGCUGUAUGACCCGAUGAUCCGCCGGAUCCAGACCUCGAAUGAGCUGGCACCGAUCUUUGCUCUGCCGACGCACCAUGCAGUCGGCGCAAUUCUGCACUCGCUGACCAGCAGCUAUCCAAAGUCCACGUACCGGGUCGGCUGGGAUGCGCGCUGGAUGAGUCUGGCCACCUGGCUCGCGAGCGAGGAGGUUGUUGAAUGGGUGUGCCGUGUUAUCGGCAUUGUUUCGGACAACUGAAAUAUUUAGAAAUAGACGUGUGCUUGGCCUGAG